AACGCACGUAACCUUCCCUCGCGGUUACCUUGCCAGUCGCAGGCAUGGCGGCCAUGAGCCUCCUGCUCCGAGCGGCGGCUGCUUUCGCGGCCAGGAGGACCUUUCCCGGCCCGGGUCUCUGGGGUCGCUUCUCCCUGCCUGGGCGGGCCGCCGGCCGCUCUGUGCUCAUCGCUCCGGUACGCCAUGGCAGUGGAGGUGGGAAAAGAAUGUUUGUCAUCCAGGCGACGGAUUUUUACGACAGGCGAUUCCUGCUUUUGUUGAGGUUCUACAUUUUGCUCACCGGAAUCCCAGUUGCUCUAAUUAUAACAUUUGUCAAUGUCUUUAUCGGUAAAGCUGAACUGGCUGAAAUCCCUGAAGGUUAUGUCCCAGAGCACUGGGAGUACUAUCGCCAUCCGAUAACAAGGUGGAUUGCUCGCAAUAUGCUCGACCCUCCUGAAAAGGACUAUGAAAAGGGGUUGGCAUACCUUUAUGCUGAAUCCGAGAAACUUGAAUUAAGGAGGCAGGAGAAGACAGCACGCAAGCUAAUGCAACAGCGGGGGGAUGGACCGUGGCAUUUCUAUGAAACCACCCCUGCAAGUCUUAUUGAUUAUUCUAACAAAGCAACACCUGACAACUAAGCUGGUUAUCCACCUGUCUCAGAGGUGUGCACCCAUAAAAGAGUAGCGGAAUUAUGUAAUGUAUAUAUAUAUAUCUGACUUCGUAACUCAAAUAAAAAAAAAAGGAUUGUUUCAAUUA